CGCAAGAAAGUUCAGUGUGAAGACGGACGGACGACAAAAUGAAGCUCUUUCUUCUGCUCGUCCUCUGGCUGACAUCAGGUUGCCUGGCCUUGUCUGAACGGAGAAACUGUGUACAUACCUGGGUUAAGUACACAUGUAAAUUUGCCAAAGCCCAGAAUAUUUCAAGUAUCGUGUUUGAACUAAAACAUGAUGGCACAGAAAAAUUCCGAUUUCCUAUCACAAAGCUGGAAGGAGAGGAUGCUGGGAUAUACAGCUGCAGUCCCGUUGAAGUCUGUCCGUAUCUGCUCCAAACAACAUACACCAUGGCUAAAACCACCGUCUCAUGCAGCUACCCAACACAGGAUGGCAAGUCAGGUCAAAGAGCCUGGUUUUUCUGCAAGAAGCAAGAAUCAACCUGUGAAGAAAUGACACAAUCUUCAGUGAAGUCAAAUGGGAAGUUCACUCUCACAGCCACCAACGCUCAAAGCUUCAGCUUGUCCAUCACCAAUGUGUCCUCUCAGGACGCUGGUGUCUACUGGUGCGGCUUCAAAAACAAAUAUUAUCCAGAACUUUCACUGCAAAAACUUCAGCUCAAGGUUCAAACUGUAACAACCUUCACAAAAUCCCCAAAGGUUGGAGAAAACGUCACCUACUGGUGCAAAUACACCAGACACUCUCCCACUGAGGUGGUCAUUUGUAAAGGCGAAGAUCCAGCGACGUGUCAAAUUAUACUCAGCACGGCCAACGCGGCUGACGGGAGGUUUUCCAUGACACGGGGCAAAACGGGAAAUAUGACCAUAAUGGUGAGAAAUGUGACGAUACAUGACACAGGGACGUACUGGUGCGGGCGACUCAGUGACAGUGAAAGAAGGUUCUUCCACAGAUUCUACAUGAAUGUGGUUUCACCGUGGUCACCAGCAGCGUCCACGUCUUCUCCAACCACGUCCACUUCCUCCUUCCCGAAGUUCCAAAUUCCCCCUUCACAAACCUCUGGAGUUGAAACAGCCGUCCUGGUCCCUGUGAUCGUCACCGUCGUCGCGCUGCUGCUCGGGAUCGUUCUGAUCUCCAUCUACAAACUGAGCAGACGAAACAAAGAAGCAGCAGAGCAGCACAGACAGGAUCAUGUGAGUGAGCAGAUGCAGGAGCGCCUCCACACACCAGCAGGAGAAGAUGCAAAUGACGAAAUGUCGCUGUAUUACGCCACCAUCCACUUUCAAAAUGGCUCCAGUGGAGUCGGUGACAAAGCUGUGGCGCUCAGACCCAGCACCGCCGCCGCCUGUGAAUACUCCACCGUGAGGUACAACGGCAAUACAACCCACGUUUCACCGUCACGAGCCACAGAGGAUCCUCUCUAUGCAACAGUCAACAAGCCUGUCCGUGCAUGACAGGGAAAAGACAGCAUGAAUCCAUCAUCAGCAGUAACUGGAUCUUGCCAAAUAGUGAGACCACAUGAGGGAUAUCGGUUAUAACUCAUCAUAUAAUUGUUAAUUAAUUGUGAAGCACCAAAUGAAUAACCUAAUGAUAAAUCAUUACCAAGCCAACAUGUCCAUGUGGAUCC